UCCGACCAAUCAGAGCGGGCCUGUCCCCCUCCCCUUCCCGCGGAGCAUCCGAGGCUCCACGAACAGGGAGGAGGAGGAGGAAGAGGAGGAGGAGGAAAGUUUCCCCGUCUUUCUCGUUGCCCUGCUCGCGAGCCCAUCUGUACCUCUCUCGCUUCUGCUCCCAGCUGCCCCGCGAUGGAGAGACUGGGAAUGCUGGCCGCGUGUCUGCUGUGCUGGAGCUGUGGCGUGUGCCUGGUCUCCGCCAUCCGGCGGACCGACAUGUACCCGUACGGGCCCCAGAGCGGCGACCAGGUCCUGGCGGAGGGAGACGAUGAAACCUCCAGAGUGCUGCCCCUGUCCCGGCCGCUGACCUUCUACAGGACCCGCUUCUCACAGCUAUACGUGGCCACCAACGGCAUCAUCUCCGCCCAGGACCUGCCGAUGGAGAAGCAGUACGUAGACGACGGCUUCCCCACGGAUUUCCCCGCGGUGGCUCCGUUCCUGGCCGACAUCGACACCAGUGGGGGGCGAGGACAAAUCUACUACCGGGUGACGGAAACGCCCGGCGUCCUGAACCGAGUGGCCCAGGAAGUGCACCAAGGGUUCCCGGAUGCCAAAUUCACACCCACGGUUGCCGUGGUCGCCACCUGGGAGAACGUCGCGGCGUAUGAAGAGCAAACCCGAACCACCGGACCAUCAAGCAAGGUCAAUACGUUCCAGGCAGUAAUUGGUUACGAUGAGACUGAUUCCUACGUUAUCUUCCUCUACCCUGAAGGUGGCCUUAACUUCUUUGGGACACGUCCGAAGGAGUCUUAUAAUGUUGAGAUUGAGCUUCCUGCUAGAGUUGGCUUUAGCAGAGGAGAAAUCCCAUAUCUGAUCUUCUCCCGAAUCGAGGGACCUCACUACAGCGUUACCAGCAAUGAGCAGAGCGUUAAAAACCUCUACCAGGUCGGAAACACAGGGAUUCCAGGUGUUUGGCUUUUCCACACUGGAAACAGUUACUACUUCGACAACAUUGUUCCUGCUUCCUUUAGCGGCCUCCUAGAUACCCCACCAGCUGGAGGCCUCUCCCUGGACACCACCACAGCCGAGUAUGAGGAGAUUGAGGACAACCCAGACAACACCUUUGGCACUGAUAACCAGGAGGAAGAAGACGAUUACCUUCUGACAGACGGGGACCCCGAGUUCCAGACGGGCCCUACUGGAGACCACUCAGCGAGUCCCGAUGCUCCCUCAUCCCCUUCGGAGGAGCCCAGCCGUCAGGCGGUGUACGACAUCGGAAAUGUACCAUUGACCUCUGAACCCAAGUACAACUCGGAGCCAGGAGAGAGGCAGUAUGCUCCCCCUAAUUCUCCAGAAAGGGCACCAGUGGGAGGUGCUCAACAGCAACCACAGGUUCCUCCGGAGCCGGUAGAUGUUUCCCCUCCUCACAGGAACGAACGACGUUUCUCCCCCGGGGGUCACGUGGGUCAACGUGGACGAGGGAUGAUGUGGAUUUUUGACACUGGAGUGAUUCAGUACACUACGGAGAAUAAGGAAACGUGUGCCAGAUUCCAACAGGAGUGCUCCCAGAAUGCAUUUUGCUCCGACUACGCCACAGGGUUCUGCUGUCACUGCCGGCCUGGCUUCUAUGGCAACGGGCGCCACUGUCUACCCGAGGGUGCUCCGCAGCGAGUGAGCGGCAAGGUGAACGGAACAGUGACCGUGGGUUCGACUCCGGUGGAGUUGAACAACAUCGAUCUCCACGCCUACAUCGUGGUGGGCGACGGCAGAGCGUACACUGCCAUCAGCGAGGUACCCGAGCCAGUGGGCUGGGCUCUGAUGCCACUCGCACCAAUAGGAGAGCUGUUUGGAUGGCUCUUUGCUCUGGAGCUGCCCAAUAGCCAAGCAGGAUUCAAAAUCACAGGUGCCGAGUUCACUCGUCACGCGGAGGCGAUAUUCUACCCCGGCAACCAGCGCCUGUCAAUCGUCCAGACGGGUCACGGCAUUGACAACCACAACCACCUCAACGUGGAUACUGUAGUCAGUGGUAGCGUGCCCUUCCUGCCCUCUGGGUCCGAAGUUACCAUGGAUCCCUUCAAGGAGAUCUACCAGUACUACCCAUCCGUUGCCACCUCUUACUCCGUGAGGGAGUUCUCGGUGGUGUCGGCCGAGCGGGGCUCCGAGUCCUUCUCUUUCCAGCUGAAGCAGAACAUCACCUACCGCGACUGUCGGCACGACAACCGCGCCGGCGUCCCAGAGACACUGCAGAUCACCAUGGAGAGGGUGUUUGUGAUGUACGUCAAGGAGGAGCGGAUCCUGAGAUACGCCAUCACCAACAAGAUCAGCCCAGUCGGAGCCGAGCCGACGGAGCCGGAGCUGGUCAACCCCUGCUACGCCGGGAACCACGACUGUGACACCACGGCCCAGUGCCUCCCGCAGCAGGGCCAGGACUUUCUGUGCCAGUGCGCCACGGGAUACAGAGGGGACGGACGCAACUGUUACGACGUAGACGAGUGUGCUGAGGGCUCGAGCUCAUGCGGCGCUCAUGCUCAGUGCGUGAACCUGCCCGGUAGCCACAGCUGCCAGUGCCAGGGGGGCUUUGAGUUUGGCUUCGACCGGCGUUCCUGCGUUGACAUAGAUGAGUGCAGCUCCUCUCCGUGUCACAUCAGUGCCAGAUGUAUCAAUGCGCUGGGUUCCUUCCAGUGUCAGUGCGAGCCUGGCUUCUACGGUGAUGGUUUCCACUGUUCCCAGCAGGAAGAAGUGACAGUUCGUCCAAAAAGUCAGUGUGAACAGCACAGAGACAGCCUGCAGGGCGGGCGGGAACACGGCAGUCGACCAAGUCUCGCAGCCUUUGUCCCUCAGUGCGACUCUGACGGACGAUACCGACCGCUGCAGUGCCACGGCUCCACCGGACAUUGCUGGUGUGUGGACGUGAGGGGGCAGGAGAGAGCGGGAACCAGAACUCCGCCCGGUACACCACCCAAAGACUGCGACAGACCAGAUGAGCCGGAGCGUCCCAAAACUCACUGUGAGCACCACAGAGACAGUGUGCAGACCACCAGUUCAGAGGGGUACCCCAUAGUUGGAGCCUACGUGCCUCAGUGCGAUCACAACGGGCGGUACAUACCCUCACAGUGUCACGACUCCACUGGGCAUUGUUGGUGUGUGGACGGUAACGGACAGGAGAGAGACGGAACCAGAACACCAGCUGGUGCGACGCGGACAGACUGCAGCAAACCAGAUGAAUCAGAGCGUCCUAGAACCUCCUGUGAGCACCACAGAGACGGAGUGCAGACCACUGACAGGGAGGGGUUCCCUAUAGUCGGAGCCUACGUGCCUCAGUGUGAUGCCAGCGGACAGUACAGAUCGUUACAAUGUCACGGCUCUACUGGACAUUGCUGGUGUGUUGACGUGAGGGGGCAGGAGAAAGCGGGAACCAGGACUCCACCCGGUACACCACCCAAAGACUGCGACAGAUCAGAUGAGCCGGAACGUCCUAAAACUCACUGUGAGCACCACAGAGACCGUGUGCAGACCAGCAGUCCAGAGGGGUACCCUGUUGUCGGGGCCUACGUGCCUCAGUGUGAUGCAGGAGGACAGUACACACCUCUGCAGUGUCACGGCUCCACUGGACAUUGCUGGUGUGUGGACAGCAGGGGACAGGAGAGGACAGGAACCAGGACUCCACCUGGAGCGCCACCGACAGACUGUGACAAACCAGACGAGCCGGAGCGUCCCAAAACUCACUGUGAGCACCACAGGGACCGUGUGCAGACCACCAGUCCAGAGGGGUACCCCAUUGUUGGAGCCUACGUGCCUCAGUGCGAUGACAACGGACGGUACGCAUCGUUGCAGUGCCACGGCUCCACCGGACACUGCUGGUGUGUGGACAGCACGGGACAGGAGAGGGCGGGAACCAGGACUCCACCCGGUUCGCCACCCAAAGACUGCGACAGACCAGACGAACCGGAGCGUCCUAAAACUCACUGUGAGCACCACAGAGACAGUGUGCAGACCACCAGUCCGGAGGGGUACCCCUUAAUUGGAGCCUACGUGCCUCAGUGUGAUGCAGGAGGACAGUACACACCUCAACAGUGCCACGGCUCCACUGGAUAUUGUUGGUGCGUGGACGGUAGGGGGCAGGAGAGAGGGGGAACCAGGACUCCACCUGGUACACCAUCUGUGGACUGUGACAGACCAGUGCCCGUGGCUCCGACCGAGCAUCCCGAGAGCGUGUGUGAGCGAUGGAGAGCCAGUUUGAUUGAGCACUACGGCGGCAAACCGCAGCCAGAACAAUAUGUGCCUCAGUGCGAGCAGGAUGGACAGUUCAGUCCCGUCCAGUGCUACGGAGAGACCACCUAUUGCUGGUGCGUGGACCAGGACGGACGGGAGGUCCCCGGCACCCGGUCCUACGACAUCGUCAAGCCAGCGUGCCUCCCCUCAGCGGCCCCGCCCACCGUGCGCCCGCUGCCCCGCCCGGACGUGACCCCGCCACCAAACGCUGACAUCACACUGUUGUACGCUCAGGGACAGAAGAUCGGAGCGCUGCCCCUCAACGGGACCAGACUGGAUGCAGCCCGGUCCAAAACACUGCUGACGCUGCACGGCUCCAUCGUCGUUGGCAUAGCCCACGACUGCAAGGAGAACCAUGUCUAUUGGACCGACUUGUCCGCCAGAACCAUCAACAGGGCUUCAAUGGCGGCUGGUGCCGAGCCAGAAAUACUCAUCAACACAAAUCUGGUCAGUCCAGAGGGUCUGGCAGUGGAUGCCAAACGCAGGUUGAUGUUCUGGGUCGACUCGAACCCGGACGUGAUCGAAAGCGCCAACCUGGACGGCAGCGGGAGGAGGACGCUGUUCAGCACCGACCUGGUCAAUCCCCGAGCCAUCAUAGUGGUCUCCUCCACCGGCACUCUGUACUGGACGGACUGGAACCGAGAGGCUCCGAAGAUCGAGAGCGCGUCGGUGGACGGACAGAACCGCAGAGUGGUGGUGACCGACGGCGUCGGUCUGCCCAACGCCCUCACGUACGACUCUUCUUCUGGACAGGUGUGCUGGGCCGACGCAGGCACGAAGCGUUUAGAGUGCGUGUCCCCGGACGGCUCGGGCCGGAGAGUGGUCCACCCCAGCCUUAACUACCCGUUCAGCAUGGUCUACUACGGGAACCACUUCUAUUACACUGACUGGAGGAGGGACGGAGUGAUCGCCGUGAGCAAAGAAAGCAGCCAGAUCACCGACGAGUACCUUCCCGACCAGCGCUCUCACCUGUACGGCAUUGCCAUAGCGACCACCCACUGUCUAUCAGGGAGCCACUGACAACAGGACGGCCGCUGCAGCUUCCUUUGGUGCUAAAGUUCUGGGGCGACCACCUUAAAACAAUAUUCUCCAGUGUCCCUCAGAAAUAUAAGAAAAAGGACACUCAGCGGGGCACAUGAUGGCUUCCUGUUGGCAGAUCCAGCUUCAGAUCAGAUUUACAAGCCCCCCCACACUCCACCUCAAUUAUCUUACCUUAAAGAUAUAACCCCCCCCCAAAUAAUUGUUUUGUAAAUUUGUUUUAUACCUCAUUUGUUGCUUUGUUUUUUUUUUGUACGCAAUUGUUUUUCUAUCGAUUUAAAGCUAAAGAACAAAUUUGCAACCUGUGAGUGUUGGUUUCCUGCCAAGGAUGAUGUGAAGAUCUGUCCAGAGGUCUGUGAAGAAACAGCUGCUUUAUCUCGUCUUUGUUUGCAUUCAGAGUGGAUGCUAAAAAAUAUAAAUACACCGGUAAAAAAGGGUGAGUUCAAGUGUUUGGGGAAACUUAGUGGUAUCUUUUCAUUUAGUUUUUGGCAAAAAGGGUUUUCAAAUUCCACAAAAUCGUUUUUUUUAACCCCCGUUGAGCUCAAUCUGAUUCCGUCAGAUUGAGCCAUACCUCGAUUUUAAACAAACAUGAUGAAAGGACUUCUUUUGCCAAAUAUUUUUUGCUACUACUUUUCAAAUCUUUAUCUUUUUAUAAGAUGUGAUAUUUAUAACAAUAAAAUGUGAUUUGGUACUUGA